GUUUUUAUUCACAAUGGCUCCUAGCGCAAUUGAUCAAUCCUCGCCAGAGGCAUCGUGGGUCGACCGCGAUGACUUGCGAACAUCCUUCACGUUGGCCAUGUCGGCCAUGUACAAGAACGAGGUCCCCCUCUACGGCGACUUGGUCCGCAUUGUCGGAGACGUCAACCAGUCGACGCUCGGCAGUGCCCUCGACCCGAAAGUCCUCGCUAUGCGCUACGGGGAUGUCGCGUCGUCAAGACUUGAUGUUGAGAGGCACGGCGCGAUAAGAUUGGGAACACCUCACGAGCUCCGUACCGUCCGCCGGAUCUUCGCCCUCAUCGGGCUUUAUCCCGUCGGGUACUACGAUCUUUCUCCUGCCGGAUUACCCAUGCACGCGACUUGCUUCAGGCCAAAGACGGAGACGUCGCUUCACAAGAACCCGUUUCGUGUCUUCACCUCGGUGCUUCGGCCAGAACUCAUCAAGGAUCCCCGGGCUAGAGAUUUGGCAUUAGAGCUGCUGUCGAAACGCAAUAUCUUCAGUGACGAGCUGAUGCAGCUCCUCAGUAUCGGGGACGCUCAGAAUGGGAGGUUAACGCCAAACCAAGGCCGUCGACUUGUCGCCGAGGCAAUGAAGACGUUCAGCUGGCAUGGAACCGCUGCUGCCUCGCAUGAGGACUACCAAUGCUUGAAGGACGAGCACCCAAUCCUGGCCGACAUUGCUUGCUUCCGAAGUUCCCAUAUCAACCACCUCACUCCUCGCACACUUUGCAUUACAUCCUCACAAGACCUGAUGAAGACGGAGGGACUCAUGGUCAAGGAUAGAAUUGAGGGCCCGCCACCAAGAUCGUGCCCAAUUCUCCUGCGCCAAACGAGUUUCCUAGCCAUCGAAGAGCCCAUCAAGUUCUUCGGCGGUAGCGACUCAUCCUAUGAUUCCCUGGUGCAGGGCUCGCACCGCGCUCGGUUUGGUGAAAUCGAGGAGAGAGGAGCUGCCGUCACUCCAGCGGGGCGGCGAUUAUACGACGAACUCCUCGAGGAGGCAAUGGCAGUCGCAGCGAGAUCUUCCGAAGAACCAAGCCCGGAAGAGUUUGAUAGGCUUGUCGAAACCGUCUUCAAGAAAUACCCUGACGAUUGGAGUGAGCUAAGAAGUCGCGACCUCAUCUACUGUACAUUUGAAGCGACCAGCAAAGGAAUUGAGGCAAGACUCCCCAAACAGAGUUUCCAUAUCGACGCGCUUCUUGAGCAAGGUCUCGUCGAUGCGUUCCCAAUGACCUACGAGGAUUUUCUUCCCCUUUCAGCUGCUGGAAUCUUCCAGUCUAACCUGGGUUCAAACUCCCCUCCUAGGGGUACUGAAGCAUACCCAGACGUUGCGGGGAUGGAAGACGUCUUGGGUGCCAGUCUUGGCGACGCUGAUGACAUUUACCGCGCAGCGCAAGCCGAUAGUUUGGCCAAGUGCGCCUCCAGGCUUGGAAUUGAGGUUUGUGUUUAAGUUGUAUGGAAUGCGGGACAUAGUAGCAAGCGGAUGGUUUGGUUAAUAGUUGCAGCAGGAACUGUACUUGUGGCACAGGGUAGCGAAUGCGGAUUGGACGAGACACCAGUAUUAGGUCUUCAUAGACAGAUAUACAAUUUAAUUCACG